CGACCGGUUUCACGGAUCUCAUUGCCUGAAGAACGUCAACAAGAACGUGAACAAUAUUUCCACAACGUACCGCCCGAAGCAAAUCUAGAAUAUUCUCAAAUUAUAUUAUCCCAGAAUCAUUUCCAAUCCUUGUUACCCGAAGAACAUCAACAAAAAUUUCGAUCCCUUAAUCGUCCAGAAUCCUACUCCACUGACAAAACAGAUCUUACAUGCGUAUCAACUGAUCUUUCAAACAAUUUUAAACCAUUAAAUCCUCCAAAUCCAAUUCAUGUUAAUACCGAUGGAUCUCAACAAAACCUAAUACCCCCACAUCCUAAUUCUAAUCCUGAAGCUCCACCUCCUAAUAUUAGUUAUCCGGUCUAUGAUAACAAAAGUUUUAACCUUCUUGGAGUAGUCAAAGUAAAUAAUGCUGCCGCCCAAAAUUCACAAUCAAAUAGCGAUUUAGCAUCUAAUGGAAAUGGAACUAAUUCAUCUGCCAAUAAUUCAACUGAAACUACCGUAACUAAUUCAACUGACAUUAAUCCGAGCGGAAGUUUACCUACAGUUCCUACUCCGACCGAAUCCAACCCUACAGCUUCGGUUGCUCAGAUUCCUAGUAAUUGUCCUUCACCAGCAGCCUGCACUAUUUCUGGACAGUAA